AUGUCGUACAAUCAAGCUACUGAUGAAAACACUCCGGUUCCUGAUAUCACCACUGAUAACGGGUCCCCGGACGCUGUUCAUGUGGAAGCUAUUUCUAUCAACCGUCGUUUGGUUCCCAUUAAUGAGUCUCGCCGCUUCGCUUCUCUCGCCCUGGCCGUUUUCAGCUGUAUUGGUUGUUCUAUAAUAUUUUGUUUCAACCUUUUUAGCGGCGAUUUGCAGCGAAAAUACAAUUUUACGCAAGAUGCUCUUUCAUCCAUUAACACUGUGGGACUUGUUUUUUGUUACGCCGCUCUUCCCUACGGCGCCCUGUUCGACUGGCUUGGACCGCGUCCUGUCUACGUGCUCGCUAUGACACUGUUACCUAUUGGUUCAUUAUGCUAUGCAUUGGUAUUUGCAAAUGUUUUUACUGCAAAUUUGGUAAUGUUAUGUGUAUUUAAUGCAUUUAUGGGUGCUGGGGCCAUUAUGUUUGAUCUUGGCUCACUUAUGACGGUAUUAAGUCUAUUCCCUUCUAAUCGUGGUGCUGUUGUGGCAGUGGCAAAAACUUUUACAGGUCUUGGAACCGCCAUUAUUGGUUCCAUUCAACUUGGAUUUUUUGAAGGACGACAAGAUCGAUACUUUUUCUUUCUUAUGGCUUUUUCGCUAGUGGUUGGAAUUCUCUGCUUUUUUAUUAUUCAACUACCACCGUAUCACUUAACAGAUUAUGAAAAAAAACAUUUAAGUUUGGAGGUAAAAAAAGAAAGACUAAGUACACGUAGUUUGUAUUUGACUCAAAAACCUCCUAGAAUUCGCUUCAUUUUCGGUGUUGUGUUGGCUAUUAUUUUAAUGAUAUAUCUCCCUACCCAAGGUGCUCUUGUUGCAUACUUUAAUUUAGGACGUAAAUACAAAAUUGCUUUUGCAAUUGUGGCUAUCAUACUUGUCUUGCUAUAUCCUAUAAUGGCUUUACCAUCAUGUUCUAAAAAACGUAAUCAUUUUGAUGAACAGGAUGAAAUGGAAAAUGUUUUGCCAAAGACAAGUGAUAUAAGCACGUCUGCAGAAGAAGUUUCCUCUGAGAAACGACAUCAUACAUGUAAUGAACAAGAGAUAAAAACUGAUAUUGAUUAUAUUGCACCACAAUAUCAGACAACUUUCUUACAGAGCCUUUGUACAGUAAGACUUUGGGCUAUUUUUUGGGCUAUUUUUACCAUUUUUGGUUCAGAACUCGUACUUAUAUCGAACGCUCGUUUUAUUCUUGGUGCACUUUCUGGAGAACCUGUCAAUACCUCCUUAAAUACAUUACUAACAGUAUUAAAUGGUGUGGGAAGUGGUCUUGGUCGUAUGCUGAUGAGUGCUCUUGAAAUAUGGACACAAGGUAAAAAAGCGGAAGAACGAAUUCCCAUAACUAUUUCACUUUUUUUUCCAACUGUUUCAAUUAUGAUAGCAGUAAUUCUAUUCUUAACCCUUCCUGCUGCGGCACUUCCACUUCCAUAUGUAAUAGGUGCUCUGGGGAAUGGUUUUGGUGCUGCUGUCAUUGUUUUGGUAUCUCGCACAAUUUUUGCGAAAGAUUCGGCAAAACAUUACGACUUUUGCUAUCUGGCUGUUAUGUUGUCCGCUAUUGUCUUAAAUCGUUUCGUAUACGGUGAGUGGUAUUCACGGGAAGCAGCUAAGCAAGGUAGUACACUCUGUUAUGGUAAAAAAUGUGUUAUGAUGCCAUUACUUUUUUUCCUUGGUAUCAACUUAACAGCAUUUUUUUCUAAUGUUUACGUACACUUGGAGUAUCGUAAGUUUUGUGCCAAGGCACUGAAGGAGCAGCGUCGUGUGAAGGAAGAAGCAAUGUUGUUGCUACUUCAAGCAGAGGCUGCACCGGUGGUAUUGGAGGAUAUUGUACUAAUACCUGAUUCCAAGAUAAAUAUUGACAAAGAUAAGAAUGAACGUGAGCGUAGUGAGUAG